AAGGCAGUCCUCCAGGAAUGCGGCUGUUUUUCAGAGAGCGCGCGCGGCUCGUGCUCAGACUGGUUGAAGAUGCCUGAUCUGCCGUUUGCGCUGCUCGUUUUUGGAGUCCUGCUGAGCUCCGGAGGAGCUCAAAACUCCCUCAGCAAACUGCCGGACACCGUCAAAAAAGGUGUAGACCUCGCGCUGAAAAAUGUCAACUCUCACGAAGGAGUCCAGCAGCAUUUUCUCUUUUUUAAAAGCCUUCAGCAGUCAAAAAUUGAGGCAGGGUUUGAUGUAACCUUCAUCUACCACAAAUUUUAUCUGAAAGCCACAAAGUGCAAAAGAGGAACGGAGAACGCUGACACCACCACAUGUGCCUUCAGGAAUGAUCGGCCUCUGAUUGAUUGUGCCAUCUGCUAUAAAACCUACGCUGGAAAGAUUGAACCAGAACCCAUACCCUAUGUGAGCUGUGUGCAUAAACCAGCUCUUACUGAGGAUAUGACGAAAGAGCGACUCGAGCGCUGUAAUAAGAUGGGUUACAGCAGCGGAUCCCCAACACUGCUGGCUGUUGCAACAGAAUGAGAAUACUGGAUGUUCAGAUACAUAAAAAUCUCUCCUAGUCAGUCUUUUGUGCCAAAUAUAUAACAUUUAAACAUCUAAUCAAUAAUCCAAAUUCUUUUUGGUCCUUACUAAAACUCAAUUUAAAAGAGAAACAUACAAUUACAUGGUUACAUUUUGAAUGAUAAGAAUUUAGGUAGUCUUUUAAGGUAUAUCUAUUUGUAGGUAAACAUUAGUAUAUUAUAUAUUGAUAGUCUGUCUAAAGAAUAUCCAUAUAAUUCCAUAGUGAAUGACUUAUUGCAAAUUCAUUAGAAUAAAUGUGUCUUAAUAUAUUUUAUACAUACAAGCUUACAGUCACAAUUGCUUUUUUGUCUCAUUAAUAGAGCCUAUGCAUUGUGUUUUAAUAGUGUCUCAUGAACUGACAUUACAAUUCAUUUGUUACAUUAGUAAACAUGAACUAAUAAUAAAAUAAAUGGUUGCAUGAACAAAUAAACAAUCAUUUUCAAACAUUGUUAAUUUGAACUCAUAAACAGUUGUUGUACAUUGUUAGUUUCUAGAUUUAUUUUUUUAAAUUCAUUGUUUAUUAAAAUUUAAGCUGAAUUAAAGUACAAAGCAACUAA